GGCUCAGCCAGUGAGGCAGGCAGCGGCUCGGCUCAGACUGAAGCAGACAAAGGCGAAGGGAGAGACGGCGUGCCGCUAUCCUGCAGCAUCGACUCACAAAUUCACACACACACUCCCCCACGCACCCACUCCCUUCACUCCGCAAGCAGCGACGCAGACUCUUCGGAGCUGGUCACCACAGCCACACAUCUGUCACAGCCAUCACAACUUUCAGCCAACAUGGAGCUAGACUUUGGACAUUUUGACGAGCGAGACAAGGCAUCCCGCACCCCACGGGGUGGGCGCAUGAAUGGACUUCCCAGCCCUACCCACAGCGCCCACUGCAGCUUCUACCGCACACGCACUCUGCAGGCCCUCACCAAUGAAAAGAAAGCCAAAAAGGUGCGCUUCUACCGCAACGGAGAUCGCUACUUCAAGGGCAUCGUGUAUGCUGUGGCCAACGAUCGAUUUCGCACCUUUGACUCGCUGCUGGCUGACCUCACACGCUCACUCUCUGACCACAUCAACUUGCCACAGGGUGUCCGCUUCAUCUUCACUAUUGAUGGCUCACGCAAGAUCUCAACCUUGGAUGAGCUAGAGGAAGGGGAAAGCUAUGUUUGUGCAUCAGAGAACUUCUACAAGAAGGUUGACUACACAAAGAAUGUCAACCCCAACUGGUCCGUGAAUGUAAAGGCCUCAGCGAGCCAGAAGAACAUGCAGUCCUUAGCUGCCAAGGCAGCUGGCGAGUCCAGAGAGACCAAGGACUUUGUUCGACCCAAGCUUGUGACGGUGAUGCGCAGCGGCGUGAAGCCACGCAAGGCUGUGCGUGUCCUGCUCAAUAAGAAAACUGCACAUUCCUUCGAGCAGGUUCUCACCGACAUCACAGAGGCCAUUAAACUUGAAAGUGGCGUGGUCAAGAGGAUCUACACGCUUGACGGCAAGCAGGUUACCUGCCUUCAAGAUUUCUUUGGUGAUGACGAUGUCUUCAUUGCAUGUGGACCUGAGAAAUUCCGCUACGCCCAGGAUGACUUCUCUCUGGAUGAUAACGAAUGCAGGGUGAUGAAGGGACCCAAUAAAGCUCCUCAGCGUGGUUCUGCAAAGAGUCCUGGUCCAAUCAGGCGCAGCAAGUCUCCUGCUGAAUCAACCAACGGGACGGGCUCCAGCAGCCAGCUCUCCACCCCCGAUUCCAAGCAUUCCCCCACCUCCAGCCCCAACAGUCCAGGCCUCAAUAACAAGCAGAAGGAUCUCUACCUACCCUUAUCUCUGGAUGAUGACGAUUCUCUCGGCGAAUCGAUGUAGACUCUCCUGCAACCUGCCUCCUUUUUGGCCUGAAACAGAGAAGUUUUUAUACCUCUGCUGCUUUCCACCUUCACUCACAGUGCCACCUGUUGUCGAGGAGAACCGCUCUUUGUCUCUUUUUAAGGCCUUAGCCACCAGGGCUAUGACACCAUUUGCUGCUUGAGAAUUACAAAAACCUUUUUCAGUUUCGACCACAUUAUAACGAUCAACUCACUAAUGUUAACAUGUAUGUUUCUGUGUUGAGGUUAGGCACUGUUCCUCAAAAGGGCACACAGUUCACUGACCAGCAGAUCUCACGGUGUUAAAAUUUCACUUUGGUCUCACACAUUUUGUUAAAGGAUGCACUCUGACUUCAAUAUUUCAGUCACAGAAUUCCAAGCAGCAAAUGGACAUUUUUAGGGGAGUUAGUCAGAGCUGACUCAACUUUUGUAUCACUUGUAUUCGUGACGUUCCUCCAUGUCCUCCUGUCUUUCUGCCCUACGGUUAAAGGUAUGAAAGGUAAUGGUUCCUUGUCAGAGGAAAUCUGCAAAGCCAGAUAAAGUCCUUCUAACCCGCUGUAAAUACUGUGUAUAGCUACCCAUCAUAACAUCUCUGCUCAGUGUCCAUUGCUGUGCUUCCAUAACUUCACUACAAUGUCCGUCUAACAUUUGCUCAACAUGAUACAGGGUAUGGUCAAAGUAAAAGAAGAACCAAAAUGAAGUCCCACCACAGAGGGUGAGGAUGUGUGGGAUGCAGGUCCUGACUGAAGAGGAUUAUUGGUCCGAAGCCAACGCCUCCUUAAUGAGAAUCCAUUUUUCCAACUGACUAUAAAUGUACGAGAGAUUUUAAAACAGUCUUUAAAAUGACACAUUCAAACCACUAUAACCAUGGAGGCCUCAAAAUCCUUAUGUUGGCUGUAAUUGGCAUCCAUCUUGUCUAAUCAGGCACAAGGAAAUGACCAUGUAAGAAAAAGCAUCCCGCACAGCCCUCAGUGAAGUCUUUAUAUGGGUGUUUCAUUUAUUUUGACCCUCUACAUAGACCGUAGGCUAUACAUGGUAUAUACCCUCUGUGUUUUAGAUUUUCACAAACUGCAGUGCAUGAUAUUGAUGAAUGAUUAUGAAACUUUGGGGGGAAAAAAGUUGAUUUGAAGGACCUAAAGGUACAUAAAAACAACCAAAGGAUUAGGCCCUUUUUUCCCAUAAAAGCCAAAACAUUCACUAUACAGUUUUCAUUGACCAGGUCUAAAUAAUUCCCUUUUAAGCCGGUUUAUCACUUAACACAACUAGUGGUGACGUUUUAUCGUAAAAUGUGUGAAAUUCAAAGAAAGAUAGAUAAAUAAAUAAAUAAAUAAAUAAAGGUCUCAAAGCCAAAGUAUGAUUUUUAGACCAAGAAUUAUAGAAAGGGGAAAAUAUGUAAUGUUUAUCAGUUGUAAAAUUCUUUUAAUAUUCUGGAGGAAGCACACCUGGAGAUUUAUGCAUGUUACUUUUAAUGCAUCAAAAUAAUGUCAAGAUGAAAUCAAGCUCAUCUGAAGCAAUUAGUUUUAUCGGGGCACUAAACAGUAGUGGGCUUUCUCGUAUUUUGCAUGGCUCAUCAUAGUUCUCAGAAUACAGGGGAGAUUAAUAACGCAACGGUUGUCUAAAUCUAUGUGUGGGUUUUAAAUUUUUAUAAAGUGUAUUAAUUUAUAUCAAGGGUACUUGUCUAGGAUAUUUGUUUGUUUGUUUUUUUUCAAAUUUUAACUUGCUCACAUGAGCUCUAAACACUAGUACUUUUUUCAAGCCUCUGUGUGCAACUUUCUAUGGCCAUAUUUAGUUUUUCUAUUGUCACGAUUUGCAUCGUAUGUCUUACUAAUCUACUGAAAAGGGUUUUCUCAGAUUUCUGCAGGGAAUCAAGCCUGAGAAUCGCUGAAUUGGACAACACUGAAGCACAAAGCAGGGAGCUACUUAUUUAUCACAGCAACAGACACAUUACUGUCUACUUGCCAGCAUUACGAUGCGUGACCACAAUUCAUUUCUCUAUUGGAAAAAAAAUAAAAAAAUGCUGCACAUAUAUAGUAGCAUCCUUUUAGAUUAAUAUCUAUGCAUUCGGAUUCAAGAAUAGUUAAACAUCUGUGUUUUUUUUUUUUUGUGUUUUUUGUGUGUGUGUAGGAAUUGCCUUUUUAUACCCAAUAGCGUAAAAAUAAAUGAACUAAAACUGAAUUUUCCAUGCAGUUCUUUGUCAUGAUGUGAUCGUCUGAAAAUUGUAUGUCUUAGGAGUGAUCCGGUGUCCACCCUCUGGAUAAGCUUUGAAUAGCUGUUUUCAUCAGCCACUUAAUGCUCAAGACAAACAAUCACAACCCUAUCUGGUGCUUUCUCCUGCAGGGAGUGCUGUCACACCAGCACAAAAGCUAAUAAUAUCAGCUAAUCCAACAGCAGGGACACCUCACUAUACCUGCCAUUUUGUACAAAAACCCCAUUUGUUGUCAUUUUUCUCAAACCAUCGGUUCUGUAUAACCUUACAUGCUAACAAUGUUGUUUGAUUUAUUUUUUUUUCUACAGCUUAUUGCAGUGCUACAGCAUAUAAAACAUUAACAGAAAAUGUUGGUUGUCUUGUGUUACCUGGCCCGCCACCAUGUAAGAUGGAUGGUGUGAAUUCAUCACCUACAGUGGUGCCUUUUUUUUAGAUUACAGUCUUUUGAUAAAAAAAAAUAAAGUAAAUGGAACAUUAAAGGCUUGUUCUUUUGUUAACAGCUGUUUGUUACAGGACACUUUAUCAUGGUGUAAAUACGCUCCCUUCCUGUUCUCUUUCAUAUGUAUGCCUUUCUGAUCGAAUGAAUGACUUUUUCUUUCUUGGAAAUUUACAAUGUCCUUUUUAGUGGUAUUCUGCAAUGUCACGGUGGCUUGUUUCGGUGCUUCAUUCAAUGUAUUAACCGGUAUCCUUUUGCAAUUAAAACAGUUGUAUUUCA